ACUUUUUUCCCGAUGCACAACUGCUUACAGAGUGACACAAUCUGUAAGCAACCCCUAAUUUCUAUUCUGCAAAUACUCAAACAUCCACUACACAAUCACUUCCUCUGCUCAUGGCUACUCAACGUCUAAUCUCUCAAACACCCAAAUUAACAUCUUCAAUUUCGACGCUAAUACAAUCUUCAACAACCCAUUUGCUCAAAUCCGAACCCACCAAAUCGAAUGAAUCAACAACCACCCCAUUAUCACAGUCUUUCUUAGUUGAGAACAUUCUGUUGUGUCUGAAACAAGGUACUCUCAAUUCUAACACUAACUAUUUAUUUCAGUUAAACCCAACAUUGUAUAUUGAUGUUCUUGAUCGUUGUAAUAAUAAUUUGCAAAUGAGUCAGCAUUUUGUUGAUUUAAUUGGUAGAUAUCAUCCUAAGUUUAGGCAUUCUUCAAGUUCUUUAUGUGCUGCUGUGUAUGUGUUGUUUAGGAGUCGUAGAGUGUCGGAAGCGCAGGCUUUGAUUCUUAGGAUGGUGAGGAAGAGUGGCGUUUCGAGAGGGGAGAUUGUGGAUUGUGUUGUUUUGGGGUAUAGGAAUUUUGGGUUUGGGUGUUUGGGGGUUUUUGAUUUGUUGGUUAAGAGUUAUGUGCAAGCUAGGAAGUUACGGGAGGGAGUUGAGGCGUUCGGCUUGAUUAGAGAUAGGGGGUUUUGUGUUUCGAUAAAUGUUUGUAAUAGUUUGAUUGGGGGGCUUGUGAAGGUUGGGUGGUGUGAUUUGGCUUGGGAGGUUUAUAGGGGUUUUGUUGAGAGUGGGAUUCAAGUUAAUGUGUUUACGUUGAAUAUUAUGGUUAAUGCGUUGUGUAAGGAUAGGAAACUUGGUGAUGUGAAGUCGUUUUUGAUGGAAAUGGAGAAGAGAGGGGUUUAUGCUGAUUUGGUUACGUAUAAUACUUUGAUUAAUGGGUAUUGUCGUCAAGGUAUGGUAGAAGAAGCACUGGAAUUGUCGAAAACCAUGAUCGAUCAGGGUUUGAAACCCUGUGUUAUGACUUAUAAUGCUAUUUUAAAUGGUCUAUGUAGGAUAGGAAGUUUUGAUAGAGCAAAGGAUAUGUUGGUUGAGAUGGUUAAUGUUGGAGUUAGUCCAGAUACAGCUACUUAUAAUACUUUGCUUUCUGAAUGCUGUAGAAAAGAUGAUCUGCGUACAGCUCAGAUGAUUUUCGCUAAAAUGUUGCUGGAAGAUCUUAUUCCUGAUUUAUUUAGUUAUAGUUCGAUGAUUGCAUUGUAUUCAAGGAAUGGACAUCUUGAUCGAGCAUUAGCAUGUUUUGAGGACGUGAAAAGGUGUGGAUUGGUACCAGAUCGUGUAAUUUACACUAUAAUUAUUGACGCAUAUUGUAGGAAUGGAAUUAUGACAGAGGCUUUAAAGCUAAGGGAUGAAAUGGUGGAAAAGGGUUGUGCCAUGGAUUUAGUUACCUACAAUACUCUUUUGAAUGGUUUAUGCCGGAAAAAGAUGCUAGGUGAAGCUGAAGAACUUUUCAAUGAGAUGACGGAAAGGGGUAUAUUUCCAGAUUAUAAAAUAUUUACCACUUUGAUAGAUGGAUUUUGCAAGAACAGAAAUAUGAGUAAAGCCGUGAACUUGUUUGAAUCAAUGCUUCAACGAAAUCUCAAGCCAGAUGUGGUGACUUACAAUGCAUUGAUUGAUGGAUUUUGCAAGGAAGGUGACAUGGAAAGGGCUAGCGGCUUAUGGAACGAUAUGCUCACAAAGAAGUUAUAUCCUAAUUACAUGACUUACAGUAUUCUGAUUAAUGGAUUUUGUAGUAAGGGUGAUGUACCAAAAGCAUUAAAAUUUUGGGAUGAGAUGGUUGAAAAGGGCAUUGAACCAACCAUUGUGACUUGUAACACUGUAGUAAAAGGUUACUGCAGGACCGGGGAUUCAGCAAAAGCGGAUGAAUUUUUAAGUAACAUGAUUCUGAAAGGUAUUUCCCCUGACCAGAUUACGUAUAACACACUCGUACAUGGAUAUGUAAGGGAAGAAAAUAUGGAUAAAGCUUUUGACUUUGUUAGUAGAAUGGAAAAUCAAGGGCUAUUGCCUGACAUAUAUACAUACAAUGUGAUUUUGGAUUGUUUUGCUCGUGAAGGUCGAAUGCAAGAGGCUAAUCUGAUAUAUAGUAAGAUGAUUGACAGGGGCGUAAAUCCUGACAGAUCCACCUUUAGAUCUCUAAUUAAUGGAUAUGUCACACAAGACAAUUUAAAAGAGGCAUUUCGGUUCCAUGAUGAAAUGCUUCGGAGGGGUUUUGUUCCUGAUGAUAAAUUUUAGGUAUGCAACUGUUUCAGUAUAUAAUAUCGAUAUCAUACUGAAUUAUGCCAAGUGAUGGAGAUAUUGUUCCGGGCUGCAGCUGUAGAAACCAAACAUGUACAAUACAUGUAAAUGUCGAUUGAGGUUUAAAUUUGUCGUAGCAA